UAUUAUUAAAAUUAAAAUUAGUAUAAUACAUUUUAUUUUAUUAAAUUAUGCAUAUUUGUGUUGAUAUAACACGGAUGAAUCAAUUUCAUUUUUAAUUAAUAGCGUGGAUACGUAAAACUAUUGAUGUGAAAAAAUAUGGCAGAUGAUAGUGAUGAAAACAGCAGUGAUGAUUUUACGGAAAAUAAAAUCAUUUCUCGCUCUUCCCACAGAAUAAACAGAUGUGCAGAAUGGUUGUCUCAACCACAACGAACAUCAACAAGAUCAAGAAGAGCAGGUGAAAGAUCUGAUGAUUGUGAGCAACCAACAUAUGCACAAGUGGUGGCAUCAUCAUCAUCAUCUUCAAGGAGAUUAUCAACUCAGCCAAUACAGCAAUCAUCAUCAAUACAAAAUCGACCAACUGUACCAUCAACACGAUCAAGAAGAUCAGGCGAAAGAUCAAAUGAUUGUGCACAACCAACACCUGCACAACAAUUAUUACCAUCAUCGUCUUCAUCAUUUUCAAGAAGAGUAUCAACACAGCCAAUACAACAAUCAUUAUCAAUACAAAACCAACCAGUUGUACCAUCAACACGUCGAACAAGAAUAUCACAUGCAAGAUCCAGUGAUUAUGUACAACCAACACAUGCACAACAAUUAUUACCAUCAUCAUCUUCAUCAUCUUCUUCGAGAAGAUUAUCAACACAACAAUCUCGACAUACACACGAACAACAACCACGUCAAUUAUACGAAAGAACACCAGCACAACCAACAAGACAAUUAUCAGAUUUUAUAUUACCAAGUUCAAGCAACCGAGAUGUUGAUGAAUUAUCAGAUAAAUUAUCAGAAAAAUUAUCAACAACAUCUUCAUCAAAAAAAUCAAGUGAAAAAACAUCAACAUCAUCAUCAUCAUCAACAAUAAGUUUUGUACCACGUAGAAUAAUACCACCACCAAUGACUCCAAGUCAGUUUAGUGACAAUAAUAAUGAUAAAACUAAUAGUGAUAUUGAUAGUCAAACAAUUAAAAGUACUGGAUCUUUUAAUAAUAAAAAAAUUGUUGGAAAACGUCAAUGUCAUGAUUGCAGCAAAUAUAGUCAUGGUACUAAAAAUAGUAAAAAAUGUUCAAUGAACAAAGAAAAUUUUGAUGAAAAUAUCAAAAAUGAUGAGAGAAUAUUAAGAAAAAUGAACAGACCAUAUCAAGUGUCAUGUUAA